UCGGUGGCAAUCAAGGCCAUGGCACCCGAAGUAUUCAAAAGGGGCACUCCAAGUUGACGCUCAGGCACCUUCCAGUUCUAUUAGGGACAACCUCACGAUACUGCAAUUGUUACGAAGACAUUCUGAGAACUUACAUAGUGGAAACCACCGAAAAUUGUGAAAACGCAUCAUGGCAAUAUUGAAAUUGAUUGCCGCUGUGCUUUUCAUGGCGACAACUGCUGCUUCCUACUCCUCAGGUGAAGAAUGUGACUUCUCUGUCGUUGACCUGGACACCGCGGUGGAGGAGAUCCUUGCCAAUCUUCCCACUAACUACACCCUCACCAAAGAAAAAUUCUUUCCUGUCAUUGCUGGCCUUGAAGCGGGACCCCUUAGUGUAUCUGGGCUUGACAAAAUAAGGCAAUACGGUGCUGUACAGCCUUACUGCGUCCGUGGCACACGCUUUCUUCAAGUGGACCUCGUCAACAAUGCCGACGUAGCUUUCUACAUGCCUUGGCGAACGUGUUCGGGCCACGAGGGCCACGUGACAUUGUUCGCUGAAUUGUCGCGCUUCACAGUCCUUCUUCGCGUAGACAGGGGAGGCUUUGCCGAGAAUUUCGUUCUCCGCUACGAAGGCCCAACCGUUCCCGUAAACACUUACAGCGUCCACUUGUUGGUCAAAGGUGCCGGCGUAGGCGGUAAAAUCGCCAGUGGUAUUCUGAGCAAGUUCUUCCCGGCAUUCGUGAAUGAAUUGUGGAAUGACCACUUCUUUAAUUACUUCACACAUUUUCUACGUAUUACUCUGCAGUAAACGUAACGGGCACAUCAUGCUAAGUUUUAUACAGCAGUCAUUAUGUGAAGACUUUCAGUAAAACAGUACGUGGAACAGUAGCCGCAUCGUAAAAGCCAAAAUGCUUACUCGCAACGUCUUCAGAUCCUUCUAUAUAAUACGAU